AUGGAUCUGGCCAACGUCGAGUACAUCCCCGGCGAGGACUAUAUUCUCCGUCAACGAAAAGACGCCCAGCACGCCGCCAUCCGAAAACGUAUCAUCAUUUGCUGCGACGGUACCUGGCAGUCUGCCGUCUCAGGCCGGAAGAACGUUCCCUCCAAUGUCACCCGUCUAUGUCGGGCCCUAAAUCACAUCGGUACGGACGAGAAGGGCGACCAGUGGCAGCAGGUCGUCUGGUAUGAUUCAGGGGUUGGCACGAGCCCAAGUACAUUCGAGGAUGCCGUGGAGGGUGCGUUUGGAGAGGGCGUGGAGCAGAAUGUCAUCGAGGCGUACAACUUCUGCGUCUUAAAUUACAAGCCGGGCGACAAGAUCAUGUGUUUUGGUUUCUCUCGUGGAGCGUACACCGCACGCACGAUCGCCGGAUUGAUCUCGGAUAUUGGAAUUUGUCACAAGGGUAACCUGAACAAGUUCCCCGAUCUCUGGGCCAUGUAUAAGAAAGUCAAACACGGGAAGCGCUUCGAUCGGAGUGAUCUUUGGUUUGAUUGGACGUGGGGAAAGGCGGAUGAACACCAAGGGGCUGGUACCAAGGAUGACCGGACGUUCGUAUAUAAACAGGUUCCUGAGGGUGAUUGGGCACAGGAAGGAUCCAAGGAGAUUGAAGUUGUUGGAGUCUUCGACACUGUCGGUGCUAUAGGCAUGCCCCAGGUUUUGGGUAUGAAAUUGCCAUCGGCAGGAAAGAACGGCUGGCACAAUGUUGGAUUGUCGCCGAACAUCAAAUAUGCUUAUCAUGCCCUGGCAUUGGAUGAGCACCGUCAGUCAUUCUCCCCGUCGGUGUGGUACCUGCCAAACAAAAAAGCCACACCCGAGGAAGUGAAAGCCAGAAAGGACGAGGAAGAAGCGGCGAAGAAGAAGUACUGGGUAACUUUGCAAGAAGCCAAGGAUCUGAAAGCAGGAGGCAACGCUACCGAUGAAGAAGUCAAUGCCGCCGCUCGCAGGGUCAACGACGCUGCCCGAGCCUGGAACAAGGCAUCUCGGAGGCGAGUCAAGUUUGAGAACCGACUAGGAGAACACUCUAAAUUGAAGCAAGUGUGGUUCCCCGGAUACCACGUCAACAUUGGCGGAGGAAACUCCGAUACAUUGAAUAAUGUUGGUGAUAUGGAGGAAAUGUCCAGCAUCACCUUUUCCUGGAUGCUCGAUCAAAUCAAAGCGCAUCUUUCGAUUGACGAGAGAUUUAUCGUUGGAGAACACAAUGCUCGCGAGAAAUAUCUCCAAGAGAUCAAUCAAGCUUUCACUGCCCGGGAGGCCGCAGAGCAUCAAAGGACACAGUCUUUGAAAGGUUGGAUCUACCACGCUGCCAAAACAACCGCUUCGGUUAUCCUUCAUCCUCUGCGCUCCGGUAUUGAGCCAGCCUACAGGAAACUCCGCGCCUACGGCUGGGGAACCGGUGAGCUGAUCGACAGCUUCACAUCCAUGUAUUGGCUCAAUGGAAAGAAAUGGCGUACCCCAGGACAAUACGGCACCAAAGAUGGACAAUAUCUAGGCGAAACAUUCGAAUUCAUUCACCCUGUCGUGAACUUUCGAGUGGAGCAUAUGAAGGAACAAAACAGAAAGAACAACAAGGUCCCACUUUAUAAGCCCGGCAUGCCUGGUAGCAGAUAUGAGCGCCGGAAGGUGGAAGACGCUGAAGGAAAUGUGAGAUACGAAUACUACAUGGGUGACUUAUCAAAGCCCAUACCGGAGUGGAGGCUGGGUGGAAUGGACUCCUAUGAGCGGUUGGCUAUUACUGGAGAGGCGGCGUAUGCCUAUGCUGACAAACUGGAUGAAGAACUGCGGACUGGCUUUCGAACAGAGCGCUGUGAAUUUGGAUCCGACGAGAUACAGUACUGUCUCAAGCCUGUGAUUGUGCAAAAGGCCGACGGAUUACUUGCCUUAGAGACACCCGAUGAGGCUUGGGGAGAACAAUCUCAGUUGACGGCUUUUGAUGGCGAAACCCAGCGCAAGAAGUCUCUCACCGAGACUGGUGCAUCGAAUCCAUUCGAGAUGGAAAAUAGCAAGCUGGACGCAAACCUCAUCUCCAUUUCGCAGGCUGUCAGCUCUGUCUAUUAA